AGUUUACCCAUGGCAAGCGUUGAUCUUUAUGCCGUGCUGGAACUCCCACGGACGGCAGAGCCAGACGCCGUCAAGGCGGCCUACCGACGACUGGCCAAAUUGAGGCAUCCGGAUAAGAAUCCCAGUGAUCCCAAUGCGACUGCCAAUUUCCAGAAGCUUCAUGACGCCUACUCAACGCUAUCCGAUCCUCUCAAACGCCGGCAGCACGAUUUGCAAUAUCAACCACCAAGAGCUGCGAACACCAGUCAAAAUGGCGCUCAGGGAGCACAUACUGAGACACCGAGUCCAUGGACAUUCAACAACAGGAAGCCAAGCCAAUUUUCGGAGACAAACGAAAUGCGCAAACACCGACAACGCCAAGAGGAACUAGAAAACCUGCAGCAGACACUAAAUCAGCAGAGGACUGGCAUUGAAAAAGAUUUGUUGUCGGCAAAAGCGAACUUACAGGAAAGGAAGGCAGCUCUGGGAAGGCUCAUGGCCGAGGCUGCAAAGGAUAAGCGUGACGAGGCAGCCAGGAGUGGCUGGUUUGGGUUCUUAUGGCGGCUAACGCCAGAACAAGAAGAGGAACGAGACCGCAGGGCGACAGCGCGAAGGACAGGGAUGCUUGUGAUCGAGGCACAGAUUGAACAACGCAUAUCCGUGCUCAAACAGAAGGAGGAGCUGCUGCAGAAAGCUCUAGAUGGGAUCCUAGAGGUAAUCAGACAAAAGGCUACAGCAAAGAACCAGUAUGAUUGGGCCCGCAAGGCCGAGCAGACGCGCCAGCAAGAGGAAGAACAACGGAGGUCUGCUGAAGCCCGAAGCGAAAGACAGCGGCGAGAAAAAGCUGCACAGGAGGCUGAAGCUCGCCGAAGAAGUGAUGAAGCCGCAAGAGCCGCAGAGGCACAAAGAGCGCGUCAAGCAACGGAAGCUCAAAAUCGCAAACAGGCUGCCGAGGAGGCUGCUAGACGAUUCAAGCAGGCAUACGAAGCUGCUAAGGCUGAGUCUAAAGCUCAGCGCGAAAGUGACAAGCCAAAAUGGAAGGGGCAAGGUACAGGGGAGACUGAAAAGUCUCGCCAGGGGAGAACACCGAAAUAUUCCGAGAGGCAGGGUGGAUCAUGCCAACACCGCGCAUGGUGGGAUCAAAUUCCAGGACCUGGCAGUUGCCAGCGCUGUCAGCGGCGCACUCCUCGAUUUGCGUUUCGAUGCCCUGGGUGCGAGAUGAUAGCUUGUGCUGGCUGUCGCGUGGCUCUUAGGAAAGGGGCCUGA